GUAGAGAUUUUAAAAAAAAAUUACUAUUAGUAAGAUUAAAUAAAAUGAAAACGAAUUCAAUCAUAUCUAAACUAAUAGGAAAUAGGAGAGUGAUAUAAAAGCUGAGACACUUCCACUAUAUUGGAAUAAGAAGAACAAGAAGCUGGCUUUAAACAGUUUUAGUCACAGACACAAAUUCUGCUUAACGUAGAUUGACAAGUAAAGCAACAUGGCGCUUCUACAACUUUUGGUCUUGACGUCUACAAUUUUAGCAACUUCCGCUUUGAGAUGUCCAAUGAUGGAUUUGACCUUCAUUCUUGACCAGUCUGAAAAUGCUCGGGCGGCAGCCUCUUCAAAUAAAACAGACAUUUCUAAAAACUUUGAUAUACUGGAGAGUCAACUCUAUGCGAUUUUCAGCCACCAACUAGUUACGAGCAACAUCAACUCAAUCGUAGGUAUCGGAGCCUACGGUUACAGUGCCAAUGAUUCUCAAGAAAUUAUUCCAUACUGGACAUCUCCUGACAAGGCGGGCAUUUUUUUGAGGACUCUACGUCUCCUUCCCCCUUCUGGUUCCUGGACUUACGCUGGCUUAAGGAAUGUUGUGCUAGGGCCAAGGUACGCCAACAGCUUCCUCUUCUUGGUGACUUCCCAAGGGUCUGGUUCGAAUUCAAGAAGAUUGUCGACCUAUAAUGAAGUCGAUAGACUCAAGCGCUUGGGUUGGACUAUAACACUUUUAGUAAUGCAGAGUGAUAAUCCAUUCGAUUUGACUGAGCUAGCGUACAUCAGCAACCCUCAAAAUUAUUCUGUCAUUGCUGACCAGCCUACAAGCUAUUACGGUCUGGCGAGGGAGGUCAUUCGAAUAAUCAACAGCACGUGCAACUUGCCGGAUAGCCCCAGUGCCUCAACCACUACAACGACAACCACUACAACCACAACAACCACGACUACCACGCCGACCACCAGGACAACCACGACAUCGACCACAACCAAGAGUACUGGAUUGUGCAGUCAAUGCCUGUAUGAGAUUGGUUACAACUACGACAGUGACCCUCAAUACUGUGACACGUUCUACCAAUGUGUACCAAAUAGCCAACCAAUCAGAAAGCUCUGCCCAGCUGGUACCUUCUGGGACGGCUCACAGUGUAACCACAUAGAUAUGGCUAGGUGCUCUAAAGCUGCAUGUGAUGGUACCACCCAGAAUGCAACUUACCCCAGCGGAAGGUGUUGUAACAAGUAUUACCAAUGUUACAAUGGCAGAUUGUAUGAAAGGAUGUGCCCCAUUGAUUUCUUUUACGACUCGGCAACGAGAAACUGUCAGAGAUCAAGCAACAAAUUUGAAAUAUGUGAGGCUGUUGGUAGAUUUGAAUGUGAUGUUGUCAGAACACCAGGUACUACGACUGUUGCACCAAGCCUACCAAGAUGUUACGGCUACUCUGCAGAUCCUACAGGUAACCCAUGCAGUUACACGUAUGGUGGCUAUACAUUUAGAACUGCGCCAGGAACAGUCUGGAGCCAAAGUGCUUGUUCUUUAGUGAUGGAUAGUCUCAACUCCUGCAGCACAUCUGCCAUCAACUCCAGAGCUUUUGAAGCUACCAACUCUACGUGUAAUGCCAACUUUUUGGCUACCUACAACGACGGUUCUAAAGCUGUGUUCAGCGAGAGGGCCAACAGCUACAUGAACAUUUACGCCACACUGCAAGAGGUGCUCCUCGCCAACAACGCCCUGACCUAUGACGCCUCAAUGGUCAGCCCAUAUUUCUACUACUACUUCUUUGCCAAUAGGGACUUCGUUCUGAACUCAGCGUUCAGGGUCAGAUUUAGAGUACAGAAUGGUGUCAACGGUACCACAUAUGACCUCCUGUCCAACAGCUACUGCUCCGUGUGUCCAGACACAAUCAGAUUCACAGUGACCCAGCUGACCACUACCAGCUUCGUCGUCUCGGCCUCCUUCGUGACCACAGAGGGACUGGCAGUGCAAACAAGUGCAGUGAUAGCCAACGUGAGUCCUAACAACUUUCUUGAGGUGACCGUAGUAUAUGGAGAUAGAUCUGUCUAUGGUCGGCUCUACGAGCUCAACAGCAGCCUUGUAGUCGUAAGAACUGUCAACUUUGCCACAGUGUCCAAAACAGCUGGAGUUCGCAUUGCUACCAAUAAAUGUGGUCUUCAGCUUGGAAGGGGUCCCUCUUACCAUUUCGUUGGACUAAUAGAUGAAUUUGCAGUGUAUGAGCAGUGUAAAAACAUUGAUGAAGCCUUCAGGAUUUAAACGGAACUAAAUAAUUCAUCAAAAAUUGAAACAUCAAAUGUUCUAGUGACGAUGAAGACUGAAAGUAAAGGGGGAAAUAUAAUGUCAGCAACUAUAUAAAAUAAAUAUUCAGUCUCUAUAAAACCUGU